AUGGCCGAAUGCCGCCGCUCUGUCCUGUCCUGCGCCCGAUGUCGGCGCCGCAAGAUCAAAUGUGACCGCGCAAUCCCAUGUGAACAAUGCGUUGCAGCGAAAUCAGAAUGCACAGGGUUUAGUUCCAAAGACCAGGAUCCCAACAUCCCCAGAAGCAUCGUCCAGCAUCUCGAAACCGAAAUUGCCAAAGUCGAAGGAGAACUCGCCCGUAAUGGCCAUCUUGAGGAACUCAACGCUUCCGAUAUCCUCGCGGGGAUGCCAUCCAACGAUGGCCUGUCCAUGGAGAACUCAGCUCUGUCCAUCAUGGACAUACCUAGAAACGAUGAAACCCCACGGGCCUCUUUGACUAUUGACACUACUCCGUUGGCGGCGCGGGAUCCUAUUCGAGAUGAAGUGAUGAGGUGUGGAGAAAUUCAAGCCAUGAUCUUCGCGAUCCUGCCAACUGGGCCUGGGAUCACAGACUUGAUCGCACGAGUUCGAAUGAGUCUAACACCGUCCAAGGCCAUCGCAUCUGGGAGCCCCCGGGAAACCCGAAGAAGGUCUUUCUCUCGGGCAACUAGCGAAGUCAGCUGUGCCAUGUUGAAAAGUAUCCCCACCCCCAUUCUACGAAGUUUGGUCAAGAAAUACAUGACCAGAGUCUACCCUAUCUUUCCCAUUCUGCAUGCACCAACGUUGUGGCAGCAACUCGAGCGUGUGAUCGACACCUUGCAAGAGCUUCCCGAGAGAAACCGCACCGUGCCACCAUCGUUCGACUUUCUGAUCAUCUAUCUCAUGCUUUCCAUUUCGGCAACUCUCGGCAGUGCACGAACUGGCCAUGAAGCCAAACACAUGGUUUUCUCAAGUUCCCUCUUUGAGGAAGGCAUUCAGCACCUUUCUGAGAAAGCUCAAAUCCCGUCUGAUUUGGCGGGCAUUCAGGUGACUCUGCUGGUCCUUCAAUAUGCAUCCAUCAACCCAAGGCUGGCAAAUGUGUGGAUGUUGACCGGCGCCGCCAUGCGUGCCUGCCUCGAACUGGGUUUACAUAGGGAACCCCCCGAAGCCUUGAAUUUCGAUCAGCUCACUCUGGACCUACGGAGGCGCAUUUUCUGGUCGGCCUAUGGUUUCGAUCGUGCAAUUUGUUCAGCUUUGCAGCGCCCGCUAACGAUCCCCGACCAGACCAUCGAUGCACAUUAUCCAUCAAUUCUGGAUGAUCGCCACAUCCACCCCGAUGGCAUCGAUCAGACUGGAACCGAGACCAAAACUCAUAUGAUGCGCUGGACUCAGUUCCGCCGACUGCAGUCCGCUAUGACCGAAGUGCACUUCCAAGGCAAACCAUUGGAGCCCGGUCAGACCUGGGACGACUGGCUUGUGACGAUGGAACGACGCUUACAAGCCUGGUAUGAGGAUUACAACGACGGCCACGAACUGACAGAAUUUACCCUUGCACACGGCUUGACGAACCUCCAUCGCCCUUCGCCACGUAUGCCCAUGCCCGGGCCUCGCAGUCUCAUGGUCGCCUUUGAAGCAGCAUGUUCUAGUGCAAAGUCACUCCGCGACCAUAUCGUCUCAGGCUUCUAUCGGCGCUCAUGGCUGAUUGCCCACCAUGUACUGGAAAACAGUAUGGUGGUGCUGUUCUGCCUGCGCCACGGCUUUGAUACCAUCUCCGCCCGUUUCAGUGCUCAGGAGAUCUUCGAGAUGACUAAAGUCUUUACGGCCAACUUCCUCGCGCUCGCCGCCCAAGGAUGGAAUGAGGUCUCUAACUAUGCAGGAGUCUACGAACGCCUUUUGGGACCACUUUUAGAGUCAGUGUUUUCGAACCGCCCUCCUUCUUUGUCAUCGUUUGGCCCGGCUCAAGAUGCCGAACUCACUCGUCUUCUGUAUCCCGGGCCCGCCCAACUCGACAAAUUGCGCUUCGGCAGUCGCUAUGGCUUUGAAGAUGGACUACCAUCAUUCGACGUGGGGACAGUCAACUGGGAAGAUUUCAGCGUCAGCGAGACACGGUCUGUAUCAGCAGAAGGCUAUGUCGCUGGUUGGGAUCUCCUAGAUCCGAACGCAGUGGGCGGCCCUGGUCAGGAUGUGGUCUUCGGUAUGGCCUGA